CUGUCGUGUACCCUGUGAGCGUGACGUGACUAUCAUGGUGUGACUUGCGUUUGAAGGGUAUGCGUAUGUUCCUGCCAGCAUUCGUUUCGCACAUUCCAUCAAGUAUCAGCGAACAUUGCCGGAAACACGCGUUCACUCCCACAGCCAACAAACCCACCGUCCUAUUUUUCAUUGCUUCAUUUCUUUGCUUUCUUCACUUUAACGUUCUCCAAGGACACUUUCUUCUGACAAAAUGGGUGGUGCUGGCUGGUUGUUCUUGUUCUCUGUCCUUAUGGCAGCUGGUUUACUCUUCACGAUGGUUUUCUUCAUCAUCAUGUUCUCGGACUUGGAGUGCGACUAUAUCAAUCCCAUAGAUCUUUGCAACAAACUCAACCAAUUCGUCCUACCAGAAAACAUCGCCCAUGCCUGCCUAACCCUCCUCUUCCUGCUCUCCGGUCAAUGGUUUGCAUUCCUCCUCAACCUGCCUCUCGUCCUGUACAAUGUCAACAAGAUACGCAACAAGAACCACAUGUAUGACGCCACAGAGAUCUUCAGAACUCUUUCAGGUCAUAAGAAGGAGAGCUUUAUGAAACUAGGCUUUUACCUCCUCUCCUUCUUCUACUAUCUCUAUAGGAUGAUCGUUGCUCUCAUCUCUGAGAGCGAAUGAUGAGGCAUGUGGUGUGGAGCUCGAUGACGAAUACGGUUUCCGACCAGAGCUGGACGGAUCUGCGGGACCAGUUUUGACGGGGCGAGCGGUUGCUGUCUUGUUUGGUUGGCUAUCACGAUCUACUUUCUUCACUAUCACUUAUUAUUCCGAGUUGAUGCUAUUCAAGCACCGCACGGCGCACACACGUGCAUUUCACCCGGCCU